GGGGCGCAAUUUGUUCCUCGAGUGGCAGCUUAGCAAUUUGACAAUUUGGUGCAAAUACCACUUUCAGAGAGUGGCAGAUCGAGAGUUCGUGGUCGACACUCAGGGAUGCAACAAGAAGCUCGAGAUGUCUGCAGCCAAAGCGCACGAGUACAGCUGCUCAUUUGCGCCGAUCAACUGUCCGUAUUCUAAGAGUUGCGGAAUCAUGAAGCGACAGGAGCUUUCGGGGCACAUCGACGUGUGCGAGUAUCGCCCGGUCGAGUGCGAGAACUGCCACUUGUAUAUACAGCACAGGGAUUUGGAGAAGCACCGGCUGAAGUGCGAGGAGGCGCUGGUCAGCUGUCAAUUUUGCACCGAGAUGGUUAAGCGGUCGGAGAUGGAGCGGCACCUGCGCCUCAGCUGCGCGAAGAAGCCGAGAGAGUGCCCGUACAGGCCGUACGGGUGCGCGUCGGAGGCGAUGUUGAGCGAGGACCUCGAGUUGCACUUGAAGCACAGGGUUGACGAGCACCUGCAGCAAGUUUGUGUUGGUUUUGAGGCGAAGAUGUUGGAGUUAGAGAACCGCUUUCAGAAGUUGCUUUUGGAGAAGAACGAGCAGAUAGAGGAGUUGCAGAGGUCGGCGAAGUCAGGCAAGUUGCGUUUGUGUUGGAACCUGUCAUGGAGCAGCGUGAACAAGAGAUAUUAUGUGUCGAGCGAGACGUUUUUGGUGCGCGGGUUUCAGUUUUACCUGGGCGUUUUUCCUCGGGGAGACCCGGAGGUCGAGAACAGCAGGGAGUACGUGAGUUUGUAUUUGUUCAUCAACCUGAAGAAGAACCCGGCGAGCAAGUGCAGCGCGGCGCAGUCGAUAUUUUUGGAUUGGGUAUUUCGCAUAGUGAAUAAAAAGAGCAGGUUGACGGUGGCCAAGAGGUUCGAGUCGUGGUUCCCGGUGAAGGGUGGAGAGGGGUGGGGGGAGGCCAGGAUGAUAGAGGCGAGCAAGAUCAGCAGGACGGACGGCUUUUUGUCAGAGUCUGGUACGUUGCAGAUAGAGUGUGACAUUCAAGUGAUUCAGAUGACGUUAGAGAUUUGA